ACUAGUAGUAGCUGCUAGCUCAGCAAUGCCAAUGCCGUUUCCAACUCUCUCUCCUCACUCUUCUUCUCACACCGGAUUAUCCAAUUCCAAUCACCAUUCUUGGCAAGCAGACCGAGCAGAAGAAAGAAACCAUGAAGAUAAUGGUGGCGAUAAAGCGGGUCGUCGACUACGCCGUCAAAAUCCGAGUCAAAUCCGAUAAGAGCGGCGUGGAGACCCAGAACGUGAAGAUGUCAAUGAACCCAUUCUGCGAGAUUGCUUUGGAGGAGGCCCUUCGGAUCAAAGAGGCGGGCAUGGCCUCGGAGGUCGUGGCCGUCACCAUGGGUCUAAAGCAGUGCGUCGAUACGCUCAGGACAGGCCUUGCUAUGGGAGCUGAUAGGGGCAUUCAUGUGGAGACUAGUGGUCCUCUGUACCCUUUGUCUGUUGCUAAGCUUUUGAGAGCCCUCGUGGAGGUUGAGAAGCCUGGCCUUCUCAUUCUUGGCAAGCAGGCUAUUGACGAUGAUUGCAAUCAAACGGGGCAAAUGGUGGCAGGGCUGCUGAACUGGCCUCAAGGGACCUUUGCUUCAAAGGUUGUGCUGGAUAAGGAGAAGCAAAUAGUGACAGUGGACAGAGAGGUAGAUGGUGGUCUUGAGACUUUGUGUCUAGAUAUGCCAGCAGUGAUCACCACUGAUUUGAGGCUGAACCAACCAAGGUAUGCAACUCUCCCCAACAUAAUGAAAGCGAAAUCAAAGGCCAUAAAGAAAUUUACUCCAGAGGAUCUGAAUGUGGAAAUCAAAUCCGAUAUAGAGGAGGUUCAAGUCACCGAACCUCCCAAAAGAAAAGCAGGGGUCAUCCUUUCUUCUGUGGACGAGUUGAUUGACAAGCUUAAGAACGAAGCCCAUGUGAUUUAAUUUUUCUUCACUGUUUUGCUUCAAAGCUGUGUGCUGAUCAAGCUGUUGCUUCUAAGGAAUGGUAACUGCCAUUGUAUGGGAACAAGAUAGAUAAAUUUCAACUCUGAAAGUGAUCUUCCAGUUUAAUAAUAUGUGUUUUUUUAAAUUUAAUCCAAAGCUUAAUA